AUGCGUUCUUCCAUCGUCCUUCUUGCCCUGUCGGCCCUUGCUGCCGCUCAGUCUUCUGGCCCUGUGGAAGCUCAGACCCCAGGUGUCACUGUCAUCGGUCCUGAGGUUAGCGCUACCGCUGCUACCACCAGCUCCACCACUUCGCAGCCCGUGAUCCCAACUGCUCCUACCGUCGUUGGAUCGAGCGGCAUCCCCCCGUCCUUCUCCACCGUCCCUUAUAGCAGCGGCGUCAAAAGCUCUACCAAGACCACCUCGACGACCGCAACUGCCACCGAGACCACAACCGAGUCCACCCAUACCACCAAGUCCAGCGCCACUUCCACCAAGUCCAGCUCCAGCAGCUCGACCUCCAACGCUGCCAUGCCCAUGGCGACCGGCUCUUUCGGCCUGUCCGUCAUGGCUGGUGCCGCGCUGGCUGCCUUCCUGUAA